AUGGAUGUCAAAGCCUUACUUGAACACUUCAAGGCAGAUAUCACUUGCUCCAUCUGCCUGGGCUACUUCACUGACCCAGUCACUGUCAAAUGUGGCCACAGUUUUUGCACACGGUGCCUUUUCCAGUGUGAGAAUGAAGCUGAUGCCGAAUUCACCUGCCCAGAGUGCAGACAAGUUAUCCAAAUCAGUGAUUUGGUGCCCAACAAGAACUUGCAGAAUCUUUCUCUCAUGGGCAGCAUAAUCAGACCUCAUUUACUGCAAAGCAUGAACAUCUGUGUUCAACAUUGGGAAAAAGAAAAGCUCUUUUGUGAGGAAGACCAGAGACUCCUCUGUGAGUCUUGUUCAUUAGCCCCAGAGCACAAGGAUCACCAAGUCUUUCCCUUGGACAGAGCUGUGGACAAGUGCAAGGAUAAGAUUCAAGAGACAUGGGGAAAUUUGUUGGACAAAAAGGAGAAAUUUCAAAGGCAAUUGAAUAAUGAGACAGAGAAGGAAGCACGAUGUAAGGAGGAUUUACAUGUUUUGAAACUGUCAGUUAUAUCUGAAUAUGAGAAAAUGCACAUUUUCUUACGGGAUGAAAAACAUGUGCAAAUGCUAAAACUGGACUUGGAAGUAAAAGAAAACUUGGCCAAAUUCAAUAAGAGCAAGACCAAACUGUCACAACAAAUCCAAAACCUGCAACAAAUGACAUUAGAGGUACAGAAGAACUUGGACAAGGGGCCUUUGGAAAUGCUCCAGGCUAUGAAAAACACCCAGGAAAGGACUGAAGCCUUGUUACUUCAAGAUCCAGAGUGUGCUUUCCCAAACCGGAUAGCUUUCCAAAUCACUGGCAUGAGUGAAAUACUUGUGAGUUUCCAAAGGGAUAUAACUCUGGAUCCUGAAACAGCUGAUCCCCAGCUUACCCUGUCUGAAGAUUUGAAGAGUGUCAAAUAUGUUGAUGUCCCACAGGACCAGACAGGCAACCAUAAGAAAUUUUCCCAUGCACUCAGAGUUUUAGGUGCCCAGAGAUUCACCUCAGGGAAACACUACUGGGAAGUGGAAGUGGGAGAUAAAACAGGAUGGGAAGUGGGAAUCUGUAAAGAAUCAGUCAACAGGAAGGAUGAUGCAAACUUUUCUCUCCCUCUGAUAUCUCUACCUGGAGAAAUAAUGUCCCCCGGGGACAGAGCCAAGAUGGCAGUGAGGAAGCAGCAAGAUGGCGGUGAGGAAGCAGCAAGAUGGCGGUGA